GUGCCUAUAAUAUAGAGAUAGAUAGAGAGAGAGAGAGGGAGGGGGAGAGAGAGAGAUGGGUUCUUAUGGGAUGCUUGCAAAGAGGGCUUUGCUUACUGAAACCCCUGUUAUGGUUGAGAUGCAGAAGCUGAUCCGAGGUGUGAAAGGUUGCGUUUCUCUAGCUCAGGGGGUAGUGUACUGGCUACCACCGAAGGAGGCACUAGAGAAAGUGCAAGAACUAGUAUGGGAGCCUUCGGUUAGUCGCUAUGGUGCCGAUGAAGGCCUCCCUGAGCUCAGAGAGGCCUUAAUGAAUAAGCUAUCCAAUGAGAACAAGUUGAAGAAAUCCUCAGUGAUGGUGACUGCCGGGGCAAAUCAGGCUUUCGUCAAUAUUGUUCUUACACUAUGUGAUGCACAAGAUAGCGUUGUCAUGUUCGCCCCAUACUACUUCAAUUCAUACAUGUCGUUCCAGAUGACUGGAGUGACUGACAUUCUGGUGGGCCCUGGUGAUCCCAAUACGCUUUAUCCAGAUGCAGACUGGUUGGAAACUACACUGCAGCAAAGAAAACCGACUCCAAAGCUUGUUACUGUUGUAAAUCCUGGUAAUCCGUCGGGAACCUACAUCCCUGCGCCUCUUCUUCAGAGGAUUUCAGAUAUUUGCAAAAAAGCUGGAUGCUGGCUUGUGGUUGACAACACUUAUGAGUACUUCAUGUACGAUGGUCGAAAGCAUGUGUGCAUUGAGGAUGAUCACAUAGUCAACAUAUUUUCCUUCUCCAAAGCCUAUGGAAUGAUGGGAUGGAGAGUUGGAUACAUCGCUUACCCUUCGGAAGUCAAAGGCUUAGCCGAGCAACUCCUCAAGGUCCAAGACAACAUUCCCAUCUGUGCUUCCAUAAUAUCCCAACAGCUCGCGCUUCACUCACUGAAGUUGGGGCCGAAAUGGGUGACGGAUCAAGUUCAGAAGCUCGUUGCAAACAGGGAGGUUCUUAUAGACGCGCUGUCCCCGCUGGGGAAAGAUUCUGUUAAAGGAGGAGAAGGUGCGAUCUACUUGUGGGCGAAGCUCCCGGACAAGUACCAGGACGACUUUGCGGUCAUUAGUUGGCUGGCAAAGAAGCAUGGGGUGGCGCUGAUACCCGGUAGCUCCAGCGGGUGCCCGGGAUACGUGAGGAUCUCGUUCGGGGGGCUGGUUGAGGAGCAAUGCGAGGAGGCGUCAAAGAGGCUCAAGAAAGGGCUGCAACAGCUGGUAGAUGAAGGCAUGGUGCCUUGAUUUUCACUUGAAUUCUUGUGGCAAUUUAGCCAUCAAUUGUGACAGAAACAAAUAAUUUGUGAAUUCUGAGGAAAAACUGCAGAUGGAAAAGAAUAAAAUGUUAUAAAUGGCCAAAUUUCCAUAUCUUA